GCAAGUUUGUCUGCAACAUCUUCAUCCAUUUCCAAUGGGGCACCGUUGUGCACUCCUAUUCCGAUGCUACGUCUUCUUCCUGUUCUUCCAUGGUUUUGCUCUUUUGGUGAGUGAAGGCCAGCUUCUUCCCAUCGUCGAUGACCAGGGAGGCAACCCUAAUGGCCUGCAAACCUACAUCGUUCACGUCGAGAAGCCCGAGGGAAUAGAAUUCCUCAGCAGUGAAGAUCUUCAGCGGUGGCAUGAGUCCUUCCUGCCCAACACCACCCUCGACUCCGGCGAGCCGCGGCUGUUAUACUCGUACCGGGAAGCCAUCAGCGGGUUCGCGGCGAGGUUGACGGCGGCAGAGGUGAGGACCAUGGAAGCCAUGGAUGGGUUCGUGUACGCGCGGCCGGACAAGGUGCGGCGGAUCCAGACGACGUACACGCCGGAGUUCUUGGGGUUGAGCCAGUGGAAUGGCACAUGGCGGACGACCUCCUGGGGUGAGGGAAUCGUGAUUGGGGUGAUCGACACCGGGAUCUUCCCCUCCCACCCUUCCUUCAGCGACGACGGCAUGGCGCGCCCUCCGAAAAAAUUCAAGGGGUCCUGCAGCAGUAAGAGCGGGGUGAAGUGCAACCAUAAGAUCGUCGGCGCGAGGGCGUUCCAAAAAGGCAAGAAGGUCUCCGCCAUCGAUGACGACGGGCAUGGCACACAUGUGGCUAGCAUAGCGGCGGGCAACUUCGUCUUCGACGCCGAGGUACUGGGCAUGGCGCUCGGCACGGCCUCGGGCAUGGCUCCCAGAGCUCAUCUUUCCAUCUACAAGGCCUGCUUCCGGGGCCUUUGCCAUGACUGCGACAUAUUGGCAGCGAUAGAGCGCGCCAUCAAGGAUAAGGUCAACAUAAUAUCCAUGUCCAUCGGCAAAGAAACGCCGGAUAACUUCACAGACGACCCCGUCGCGCAAGGCUCGUUUGCAGCGCUGCGCCACCAGAUAUCCGCCGUCACUUGCGCCGGCAACUACGGCCCCAAGAACAGCUCGCUGUCUCACGAAGCGCCGUGGGUCCUGACCGUCGGGGCGAGCACGACCGACCGGAGGAUCAGUGCGAUCGUGAAGCUCGGCGACGGCACGGAGUUGGCUGGCGAGUCGGCGUACCAACCGAGCUCCUUCAAUUCCUCCGACUUGAAGCCGAUCGUGAUCCCCGGCGCAACAGGAGGCUUUCUAGCCAGAUACUGCGUCAACGGAUCUCUGGACUUCAUCGAUGUGUCUGGCAAGAUCGUCGUGUGUUUUACUGGUGAGAUAGAGAACAUCGAGAAGGGGAAGGUGGUCUACAAAGCCGGAGGCGCCGCCAUGAUCAUCAUUAACAGGAAGAACGAAGGCUACACCACCGACGCUGAGGCUCAUGUCCUCCCGGCCAGCCACCUGACAUAUGAGGACGGGUUGAAGGUCCUGGAAUACUAUUUGGCAGCCAUGGACUCGGCCAUGGCCACGAUAGUCUUCGAGGACACCGUCUUCGGCCAGCGGCCGACUCCGGCGGUCGCCUGCUUCUCAUCCAGGGGACCGGCAGUGACAAACGGCGGCAUCCUGAAGCCGGACGUCCUCGCGCCCGGCGUGAACAUUUUAGCCGCCUGGCCGUUCAAGGUCGGGCCAUAUCCGACGAAUAUAGUAGACCCGACCUUCAACUUCCUCAGCGGCACGUCCAUGGCGGCACCUCACGUGAGCGGGAUCGUGGCGCUCAUCAAGACCAAGCACCCCGAGUGGUCGCCCUCGGCGAUACAAUCGGCCAUCAUAACGUCGGCCAAGAACCUCGACCUCGACGGCAACUACAUCGUUGACGAGUACACCAACACGACCGCCGUCAUCUUCGCGGUCGGCGCCGGGCAGGUGAACCCCUCGGGAGCUGUGGAUCCGGGCCUCCUCUACGAGAUCAACACCAAUGACUACACCGGCUACCUCUGCGGCCUCGGCUACAGCAACAAGGAAGUCACGGUGCUCGUCGGGCGCAAAGUCAAGUGCUCCAACGUCCGCCCCAUCCACGCCCAGCAGCUGAACUGCCCCUCCCUCGCCGUCCGUCUAUCUCGCAACAACAGGGAGGUGAUCACCCUCAAACGAACCGCGAAGAACGUGGGCGACGUGGCCGAGGACUACCGUGCCCAGAUCACGGCGCCGCCGGGGGUGACGGUGGAGCUCUCCGCGUACGAGCUUCGUUUCUGGAGGCCCGGCCAAGAGGAGAGCUUCCAAAUCAGAGUAAGCGUCAACUCCACAGAGUCCGCAGGAAACAGCUCCUUCUCCGGAGGCAAGCUCGAGUGGAUCUCGGACAAGCACGUGGUGACGUGCCCCAUGGCCAUCUCAUGGACGUGAGGUGCAUGCGCUCGCCAUGCACGGACGAAAUGACUGCGCUUCCAUUCCUUGCAAUAAAUGUCGAAUAACUGCAACAACACACUGCUGGUUGCUUACACUUCCUGUGAAUGUUACUUCAUUUUGCUUAUCUUUUCUAUGGAUUAAUGCAUCAUCAUGGUUGAUAUGA